AUGGUUCACGAUCACCGGCACUCGGUCGAUGCUACUUCGCAGUCUCGCGCAUCUCACGACAUCACUGUGGAAGAACAUGGUGCUCCCUCAUUGCAUCCCAGCGACAUCAUCGAACGUCUUUCCAUCGACAAGGAGAAGUACGAUGUCGUGGAAGUGGCCGUCAGCCCAGUGCAAGGAGACGGCGAGUUCCCAGACGGAGGUCUCAAGGCCUGGCUGAUCGUCUGCGGUGCGAUGUGCAAUACGCUUGCGACGUUCGGCUACGUCAAUUCCUGGGGGAUUUUCCAAAAUUACUACCAAGAAACGCUGCUGAGCUCAUCACCACCGUCUAGCAUAGCAUGGAUAGGUUCGAUUCAGUAUGCGCUCGUGUUCCUGCCAGGCCUGGUGGUCGGCCGGUUCUUCGACCUCGGCUACUUUCGAUCCAUCUUCCUCACAUCAAGCGCUAUUCUCGUCGUUGCGACGUUCCUCGUUGCCGAAUGCAAAGAGUACUGGCACUUCGUCCUCUGCCAGGGUAUCAUGGUCGGGCUAGGAUGUGGGGGCAUAUUCGGGCCUACAGCCGCGGUUGUUGCGCACUGGUUCAAGAAGCGGCGAGGACUUGCGAUGGGGUUUGUGGCUGUUGGCUCCUCAAUAGGAGGGACGGUACUUCCGAUCGCGGCCAAAGGCCUGAUACCGGCUGUGGGGUUUAAGUGGACGAUGCGGAUAUUCGGGUUUAUCCUGAUGGCGGUUCUUGGGGUGUCUAAUUUACUUCUGGAGAGGAGGCUUCCCCCUCGCCACGUCGAAGGCGGCCUCCUCAACCUUCGAGCAUUCAGGUCUGCGGCAUACUCGGUCUAUUGCGCCUCAGCGUUUGUUACCUUCUUGGGUGUGUAUACAGUGCUCACCUACGUUGGCGUCAGUGCGACAGCCAUUGGGAUUUCAACAGACUUUGCCUUCUACUUCGUGGCCAUCGCAAAUGCUGCGUCAUUAGUUGGACGGUACUGCGCUGGUCUUGUCUGCGAUCGCGUUGGAGCCAUGAACGUCAUGAUUCCUUUCACAGCGGGUGCUGGAAUUCUGACUUACGCCUGGCCGUUUGCACAGACGAAGUCCUCAUUAAUCGCAGUGACGUUGAUUUACGGCUUCUGCUCGGGUGCCUACGUCUCCCUGCUUUCCAAUCCAAUUAUGGAUAUGGGCGAAACUGGCGACGUCGGGCGAAGAAUAGGGAUGUUCAUGAGCAUCCUCGCGAUGGGCGCUCUUGCCGGACCGCCCAUCUCCGGCGCCAUCAGCUCUGCGACGGGUGAUUUCAAGGCUGUUGGGUACUACGCUGGUACUUCUGUCUUGGUCGGCGUAGGUCUGAUGUCCGUCACCCGACAUCUUAUCCUAAGGAAGAUGUUCGGGAGAAUCUAA